AAAAACAAAUUUUGAGGUGAUCAUGUCGCCUGCAUCCAGAGAUGUAUAAUAGAUACGUCUCUACUGCAUCGAUUGAUCGAAGGAAAACUUGAAUGAGCUAUGAAAGAAAAAUUAAGGAACAAAAAGGGAAAAUCUCCACAAAAGAGGAAAGAGCAUGGAUUUCAGACAAUUACUUCAAUGUUUAGGAAGCAGCAGCUAGCAACUGAAGUAAGCAAAUCGGAAGUCAUUUCCACCUCAGACACCAACUCAAAAGAAGAAGAGGAAGACAUACAGAUAACCUUUGUUGAAACAACAUCUAGUUACUUUUUGUCUAAAGAAAAGACAUCAAAAUCUGUGAAAAGGUUAAGCUUAAGGAAAAAUAGAGUCAAAGAAGAUAAUAAAACAUUAGACUCCCCGUCAAACUCCACAUUAGGCAGUAAUGCUGAUUUAAAUGAGAUGAGAACAAUUUCUACUGAUCAAAUACAUUCCAAAAUUAAGGAAAAUAAUAGAAUUGAGUGUGAAAAAUCAUAUAAAACAGAAAAAGUUGAAGUACCUCUAUCCAGCUCAAACACAGACGGAAACUCCAAAACGAAACUUUCACUGAGAAAACGGAAGUCUGAAUGUCCUAGUAAAGAAACUAGCCUGGUAGAGAAAAGAUUCAGAACUGUUGAAGAGAAAAAGGAAGACAUCAGUGAGAUAAAAAGAAAGAAAAGUGUGCCUAAUGUUGGUCCUCUUCAAUCUGGAAGAACAGAGACUAAAGGAAACAAUGGGGAAACUGAUGAAGAUCAGACAAACAACUCUAAAACAUCUACCCCACUGCCAAAAGACAACAGUUAGUUUUUAGCUCUGUACAUGUACUAAGACUGAUAAUUCUAUAUACUAUAUAUGGUUUUUGCUUUGGACGAACUGUCUU